AUGCCGUUCCGGCCACUAGGAGCGCGUGUUCGCUGCCACGUCACCGCCCAAGCACGUGCUUCCACCAACCAGCAGGGUUCGGAUCGGCCGUCGCUACUCCCGUCCUCGCUCCAGCCCAGGUUCGGUGGCCGAACCUGCAGGCUCGGGGUAGCUCCGGCAGCUAUCGGUCCACAACCAAGGAGUUCUCUAGGUUUGGGGGAAACUGGUGCGCUGGGGGCGGGGAAUGGGGGAGGGGGGAGUUCCGCUGGGGGAGCUGCUUCGGCCUCAACCGCCACAGCUUUAUCUGCUGCCCGUUCCCAGACCCCUGACCGGCCUCAGCCAUCCCUGGCCCGCCACGUGGCACGAAGCCUGCCCGUGGCGGUGCUGAGCGAGCUCGUGGCAGCUGCGGCUACAGCAGGAGGUACAGCCGCUACAGCCGCAGCCAAUAGCGGGCUGCCAGCUCACGCGGGGCAUCUGGCGAUUCCUGCUACAGCCGUGACGCCUGUAGCAGUGACGGCGCUAGCAGCCAUAUACGGAGCUUACCUGUCAGAUAACCUGCUGGGACGGCAGAAACAGCCGCCAAAAACAGAGCCGUUGAUCAUCGAGUCAGUGGACGUCACAGAUUACCCCAUCUUCAGGCACCCAGAGGUGCUGCGAGCAGUUGAGUUCGCCAGGGAUGCGCACUGGGACCAGUACCGCAAGACAGGCGAGCCGUACGUCAACCACUGCGUGCAUACUGCGCGGAUACUGGCUGCUCUGGUGCCACCCCAGGGCAAGAAGGCAGUGGAUGCUGUGGUGGCAGCAGUGCUGCAUGACAUUGUGGAUGACACGCCCUACGACAUUGCUGACGUGGAAAUGCUCUUCGGUGCUGACUCCCAUGCAUUCCCACUGACCCUACCUCCAUCUUCCACGCUUCUUCCUCCGUGCGACCUCCCCUUACCUUCUGGUACCGGCCCCAUCUUCGUUCCACUCACUCCCACUCACCAUAGCUCCCCUGCGGCUGCUCUUACACAGGACUCUGCCAUCUUCUUUCUUCUCUCUCCCAUCAUUUCCCCCUCCCACAACCCCUACUUUCGGCGCUGCCCCUGGUGCAGUUGUUGCGCCGGCACCGCAGGGCAACGGCAGAGCAGAGAGCACAGGAGAACACAGGGCUCAGUUCAGCUGAUGUCAAUGAUUACAUCUCCAUGCCCCCCCUCCUCGUUUCCUCGCCCUCUCACCUGCUCUCCAUCCAUCCCCCCUCAUUUCCACCCUCCCCCCACCCUCCAUUCCUCAUCCAUCCCCCAUUCCUCCCCUUUCCCCUGUCCCUUCUCAAUAUUCUUCCCGUCCAUCCACCACCCUCCCUCUAUCCCCUCUUGCCAUUCCCCUCCCGCUCCGCCUCUCGUUAUAAUCACAUGCCAUGACCAGGUGGACAGCCUGAGGAUGAUGCUGCUAGGCAUGGUGAACGACCCUCGAGUGGUUCUUAUCAAGCUGGCGGACAGGCUGCACAACAUGCGCACCAUGGUGAUGCCCUCGAGUGGUGGUGCUGAUAAAGCUGGCAGACAGGACAGGCUGCACAACAUGCGCACCAUCUACGCACUGAAGGACAGCAAGGCACGGGCAGUGGCACAGGAGACACUUUCCAUCUGGUGCUCCCUGGCCUCUCUAUUCUGCCUGUUGCCCAUUCUCUCGUAUUCUCUGCGGCUGCUUCCUCCUCCCCUCUCCCCCUCCCAGCUACGCACUGAAGGACAGCAAGGCACGGGCAGUGGCACAGGAGACGCUGUCUGUCUGGUGCUCCCUCGCCUCUCGCCUCGGUGUGUGGGCCGUGAAAGCAGAGCUAGAAGACUUAUGCUUCGCGGUGCUGGAGAGCUAGAAGACUUAUGCUUCGCGGUGCUGGAGGUGAGUAUGUCUUGGGUUGGGAUGAUAACCAUGAGCUGCCUCUCUCUCUGUGUGUGCCUCGGUGUGUGGGUUGUGAAAUCAGAGCUAGAAGACUUAUGCUUCGCGGUGCUGGAGCUGGAGGACCUCUGCUUUGCGGUGCUGGAGGUGAGCGUGCUUAGUAAAUCUUAUACUGUGAGUCAGGCGAAGCACCUAUCUGCUCGCCCUCCUUUGCUCGCCUCGGUGUCACUCGGGUCUCUCGUUUCGCCUCACGCCUUGAAGCGAGCUGGCCACCAUGUGGAGCUCCCCGGAGGACUGGCAGUUGCUGAGAAGCGCCUGCGCCCCUUCCCCUGCCUCCUUUCCCCCUUUCCCCCUAAAUCACCCCCCCAGCCGCGCAUAUUCCGCCAAUUGCGGGGCGAGCUGGCCACCAUGUGGAGCUCUCCUGAGGACUGGCGGUCACUCAGAGGGAAGGGAAAUCUCUAUUCCUCACAACCCUUCCUGCUCCUUCCCUUACCGCACUCAACCCCACUCCAGCCGCGCAUAUUUCGCCAGCUGGGAGGCGAGCUGGCCACCAUGUGGAGCUCCCCGGAGGACUGGCGGUCGCUGAGAGAAGGAUCGGCAGAGAAAGGCGGCACCAAGAAAGGCACCACCACCAGCGGCGGCACUCAGAAAGGAAAAGGGAGCAGUGGCACCAUGCAGGGAAAAGGUUCCACUCAAGGAAACAGUCUCACAAAAGGUGCCAAGAGCAGCGGUGUGCUUAUAGCGAAUGAGUUCCUAUCCAUGGUGGCUGCAGCGGAGGGAGCAGUACUGGACGCCGUGCCAGGUGGCAAGCUGCUACAGGGCGCGAGGGACGAGGAGGGGGAGGAGGGGGAAUCAGAGCCGUCGGUUCGGGAUUUGAUCGAAGCGGUUGUGCCGUUCGAUCUGCUGGCGGAUAGGAACAGGCGGAGCAGGGCAGUGGCUUGGCCUGCUGCUGCUGGUAGGGCUGCUACUGGUGCUGGUGCUGCUGCCCCCGGCAGUGGAACAAGUGCUACUGAUGGUACAACCGGUGGUUCCAGUGGUGCGGGUAGUGGUGGUGGUGCGAGUGUUGCUGCAAAUGGCACCACAAGUGGCACAGUGAGUGGGGGGGGUGUGAGGAGGAGGAGGACGAGGGUGAUGCGCGAUGCAGAGGUGGCGCUCACGGCUCUGCACGGCUGCGAGGAGGCGCUGCAGCGAGAGCUCCUUAUAACAACCCCCUAUGUGCCAGGGAUGGAGGUGGUCCUCUCCGGCCGCCUUAAGAGCAUGUACAGCUGCCACGCCAAGAUGCGGCGCAAGCGCGUGCCUCUCGACAAAAUCUACGACGCACGGGCGCUGCGGGUGGUGGUGGGGGAUGCUAACGGGACGCAGCACGAGGCGGCAGUGGAAGCUUGUUACAACCUGCUCAGCGUGGUGCACAGCCUUCUAUCCCUUCCUCCGCUGUCUCAAUAUCCUUCAUUUCCGCCGCCCUCACACAUUCCCAUUUCCAUGCCUUCCUGCCCGUCUUCCCCUAUUCCAAGAUUUCUGCUCUCUGCUCUAUUGCCUUCCCUUCCGACCUCUGAUGCCGUCUCACUUGUCACGCCUUUCUGCCCUCCUUCUCCUCUCCCGAAACCCCCCUGCUCCCAAACCAGUCUCUGGACUCCCAUUGGUGGAGAGUUUGACGACUACAUCCUCAAUCCCAAGCCGAGCGGUUACCAGUCACUCCACACGGCUGUCAGAGGUCCGGACGGAGCACCUUUGGAGGUGCAAAUCCGCACUCAGACCAUGCACGAGUAUGCAGAGUUCGGCCAUGCAGCUCACUGGCUGUACAAGGAGAGUGACACUCCUGACUCUGGUAGUAUAUCCGUCCAUCUUUCCUACAAGGAGAGCUCAUUCUCCCCGUCUCCCCCCUCCCUCUCCCCCAGUCCAUGCACGAGUAUGGCGAGUUCGGGCAUGCGGCUUACUGGCU